AUGGCGAGUUUGGCCGCUCAGCGUCUGGCAGAAGAGAGGAAAAUGUGGCGUCGUGAUCAUCCCUUCGGAUUCAUUGCAACGCCAGCAAAGAAUGCGGAUGGGACGUUAAAUUUAUUCCAAUGGGAUUGUGCUAUUCCAGGCAAAACUGGAACGAUCUGGGAGGGUGGACUAUACACAGUAAGUUGGUUUUAUCCUUUUUGUUUGGCUUUUAGAUUCUUCAGAGGUCCUAUUCGAUUGAUUACGAAUCCUUUCAACGAAUUUAUCGCAAAUUUUUAUAUUGUUUUAGGUAUAAAACCCAUUUCUUUUCUGAUUUUAGCUAAGAAUGACCUUCCGUGAGGAGUAUCCAGCAACACCGCCGAAAUGUCGGUUUGAUCCUCCAUUAUUCCACCCCAACGUUUAUCCAUCGGGCACAGUUUGUCUAUCAUUGUUGGAUGAAAACAAAGAUUGGCGUCCAUCGAUCUCCGUGAAACAAUUACUAGUAGGAAUUCAGGAAUUAUUGGAUAGUCCAAACCCCGAGGAUCCCGCUCAAGCCGAUGCUUAUCAGACUUUCAUCCAGAACAAGUAAGAUUUCACCUUGUUUUCGAUAAAUAAUACAUUUUUUAACUGUAACUAUGAAAAUUAAAAUUUUUAGAGAGGAGUACAAGAAACGAGUCCGCAAACAGGCCGCUACUUUCGCCGCAGACGUCGUCCUGCGUCAAUUUGGAAUGGCCUAG